AUGACCAAUUUGUGUAAUCUUUCAGAGAACGACCUUGACGAUUUUCUGAUCAUGCUUGCUGAUGGCGGUAUGGCUGAACAAUCUUUCCACAAUAAGUGUGAAACCCUUUAUAAUUCUAAUGCGCUGCACUGUGUUUGUCGCGAUAACAUCUCGAAUCGUUAUUUGUUGGCAACCAGCGCUGGUUGUGAAGGCAGCAACAACAACUGCGAAAGGUGUAAAUGUCAAGGUGUUGACAGCAAUGAUUCAGGAAACCAAUCUUCCGUGGUUCCCAAAAACAAUUGGGACGAUAAUUGCCCAAUUCGUAACGAAACUAUUGCAAUUUCAACAUUCAACAUCAGCACUCCACAACUAUUACACAAAGAAUUGCAUCCACUCCUCCACUGCUACAAGAUGCAAUCUUCGGGCCUACCACCACAGAGAUGCGACGAGGCAAACAGUUCAGUAAUGAACACGCUGCUCCUCUCUUCUCAUCCACAGAACGACACUCAUACAUCCACUUUAAUUCCUGAUGAAUCCACCACGACCAACAUGACCACUUGUUCAAAACUCACUCGUUUUAAAACUCCAUCCUUUUUAUUGACCACUUCAUUCACCGAGAAUGAAAUGAAUUGUAUUGAUACGUAUUUGAAUUGUGUCUGUCCACCAAGUCGUUCGAUUUCAUCGACCAAGUGGUCAUCAUUGUCAUCACCUCUUUCACAGGUGGACACACACAUGAACCCUCACCCUCUUCAUAAGAAUAAUACUUCCAUACCAUCCAAUCAUUCAGAAAUAAUGAUGAGAAACACGAAUAAUGUCUCUCCACAAGUUGUGGAUGACAAUAAUUUCAACACUCAACAAGACUCUCCACAACCUCUCCACAACGAACUGCCACUCAACACUUCCUCCAACACCAUUUCUGAAAGUUUGGAAGAAGAACGAACCUCUUCACCUUCAUGCCAUAUUGAAAUUCAAAUUCCACAUUCCUCCUCUCCCGUGAAGAUUACCAAACCAAAAAAACUCCAAAGAAAGAAAUCCAUUUCCAUUGCUCAUCCUGCAACUCCUGGUGCUUCAUUUGUAAAAGAAAAUCCUUGGCAAUUUCACACGUAUGUGAAGGGAAAGAGACAACACACGAAUAACUUGGUGUUUUAUCAUUUCAAUCCCAAAGUGUCCAAUAUUAAAUAA